AUGGAAGAGGCAGAUGACUGGCUGAGGUAUGGAAACCCCUGGGAAAAAGCCCGUCCAGAAUACAUGAUUCCUGUGCAUUUUUAUGGCAAAGUUCAACACACUUCAGAAGGCACUAAAUGGACUGAUACCCAAAUUGUUCUUGCUCUUCCAUAUGAUACUCCAAUACCAGGAUUUAGGAACAAUACUGUUAACACCAUGAGACUGUGGUCAGCAAAGGCACCCAAUGAAUUUAAUUUGAAAGACUUCAAUGUGGGUGGCUACAUCCAGGCUGUAUUAGACCGCAACCUUGCUGAGAACAUUUCACGUGUCCUUUAUCCCAAUGAUAAU